AUGUUCCAAUCAAAACCCUACUCGGCCGUCACCGCCACCAUUGAAAACCUCACCGCCGAGAGUUUCGCCGAGGACGACCUUUCGGGCAUCGUCGAGCUCAUCGAGGCUAUUGAGCUGCAGGCGUCUGGCCCGACCGAGGCCGCGCGCGCCAUCCGCAAGAAGCUCAAGUACGGCAACGUGCACCGGCAGGUCCGCGCGCUCGCGCUGCUCGACGGCCUCAUACAGAAUGCGGGGCCGCGAUUCCGGCGCACCUUUGCCGACGAGCCGCUGCUCGAGCGCCUGCGCGUCUGCGGCUCUUCGGACCUGACCGACGCGGCGGUGCGCAGCAAGUGCCGCGAGCUGUUCCGCGAGUGGGCGCAGUACGCAAAGACGCCGGGCUUGGAGCGCAUCGCCCGGCUUCACAAGGAACUCCCCAAGCGCAAAGUCGGCGUCACCCAACAACGAUCCAAAGUCAUUCGCGAGACCGAAGAGAACCCAUUUGGCGACGACGAGGAAGAAGAAGCCACCCGCCGCGCCGCCGACGCCGCCGCCACAGCCACAGCCCCAUCUUCCUCUGCCGGGCCCUCCCAUAAAUCCUCGCGCUCUACAUCGCUACCCAGCAGCGGCAGCGGCAGCGGCAGCACUGGCUUGUUCUCCUCGCUGACCAAAGAUUCGUCGUCCAAGAAACACUCAAAAAAGGGUGGCAAGCGAAAACCAUUCAACCUCGAGGCGGAAAAGGAGCAGAUGAAGACUGUGAUUGCCGAGUCCUCGAUUGCCAGCAUCAACCUGUUGAACGCCCUGCAGAGCAUUAACCGCGAGAAGGAGCGCAUAUCUGCCAAUCAGACGGCCGUGCAGCGCUUCGAGACAUGCAAGCAGCUGCGCCGGCGCGUGCUGCGCUACAUUCACCACGUCGAGCACGAGCAGUGGCUUGGCGGCCUGUUGCACGCCAACGACGAGCUCGUUCACGCGCUCAUGACGUAUGAGCAGCUCGACCAGUCCAUCGACGCUGAUAGCGACUCCGACGAUGAAAUUGCCGAGCAAGCUCACUUAUACAAGAUGGUCGCCGCGCAAAGGGGAAAAGAUGCAAGCACCGCAGCCACUCACGAGACCCCCGCCGCGGACCGGCUCACCCUCAACGAGCCCAGCCCCGUGACCGCCAACUUUUCCUCUGGGACGACUCCUCUCGCUUCAGCUGCCGCCGCCACCACCACCGCGUCGCCCAAGACGGCACAUCACCGGCCGCCGGUUGUCGCGCCGGGCGAUGACCUGGAGAGCGCGUCCGAGGACGAGGACGAAGACGAUCCGUUUGCGGAUAGCCACGCGGCGGGCACGCCGGCGGUGGAACGAAGUGAGCCUCGGUGGUGA